AUGACGGAGAAGGAAGCCGGAAAGCAGCCGAGUUAUCCUCGUGCGCCACCUCCAUUCCCUCCUCCGAACUGUCCUAGGUGUUACUCGAGUAACACCAAGUUUUGUUACUAUAACAACUAUAGCGUGUCACAACCACGCUAUAUCUGCAAGGAAUGUCGUCGUUAUUGGACCCAUGGUGGGGUCCUACGAAACAUUCCUUGCGGUGGAACUAAUCGUAAGAGGGGUAGGGCUGAUGGUGCAUCCUCGUCUUCACAAAUCACUAAACCACCACCCAUGGGUGGGAGCAUGACACAUGCUUAUAACCCUCCAAAUGCACCAACCAUGGGUGGGAGCAUGACACAUGCUUAUAACCCUCCAAAUGCUGGUGCAGGCUCAAGUGAUGGUCAUGGCACAUUUAAGCCAGAAAUCACGCAAACUAUGCAAUCAUUUAAUGGCGGUGGCUUUUCUUACCAACCACCUUUCUUGUUUAACCCAAACUAUGAAUUAAGUGGUGUGAACUCGGCUUUUGGUGCAGUUAAUGUAGCGUUUGGUGGUGGAGCUACCCCCCAACCAGCUUCAUCAACCCUGAUGUUGCCUCAACUUUCCCCAUUAAAUUAUUUUGGAGAAUUUGGCAUACCUUUUGUUCAGCACCAACCAUCACCACCACCACCACCACCACCACAACUUGGCAUACCUUUUGUUCAGCACCAACCAUCACCACCACCACAGCCACAACCACCUACAACAUGGGCAGGUCAAAACAUGGACCUUACUAGCACCAUCCCGACCUUAUCUAGGGAUGCAAUUGCCCCUGCAAAUGUUGUUGGCAUCAACGAGUGGUCUGAACUCAUGGACAUGGACGAUGAAGGUGACCCUCUUCAAUGUUACAAGCCACCAUCACCUUGA